AGGCUUGCUGCUUAGAUACACCUUAUAUUAUUUCACGAAAAUGUGUUCAUUUUAAAUACUUUGGUUUAUAAACUAAAUUUACAGGAAAUGGAUGUGAUUCUCGCACUUCAUUGCGGUUAAUUCUUUAUGAACUAUAUGAAAGGUGUGACCAGUUUGAACCAUUAUUAUUGUUAUUGUAUUUCAUUAUCCAAUCGUACGUGUUACAAAAUCAGGUCAUUUAUCUUUAAAUUUCCCAGCUAUUUGAUCGGGACUGCGGUAAAGAAUUUCAGAUAUUUUUAACCAAUCUUCCGUUAUUCAUAAACAAAAAUGGCUUAACGAAGGCGAUUGUUAUACUGUUCACUAUACUGCAUAUAAUUUCAUUUAUUCCUAAAUGAGGUCAAUUUAGCUCCGCCCCAUUGGUGAAAAGUCAUAAGCUAAGAGCGUGGUGGAAAGACUGGGAAAGACAGUAUCAGCAAAGAAAGUUGUAGAUACCUAAGUUGAAUUUUGUCUCCUUUGAUACAGUACAUUAUACUUGGGAAUUCCUUGAUAUUAGCAAAGGAAAGAAAACCGGUUUUGAAAGGAACUGUGAUUUGCCAUCAAACAAGAUGAGCUGGCUAACGCUGUACUCCCAGCUGACCGGAGUAAACAAACACUCUACCAGCCUUGGGAAGGUCUGGCUCUCUGUACUGUUAUUCUUCCGUAUCAUGAUUCUAAUGCUGGCGGCUGAGAAAGUAUGGGGAGAUGAAAAAUCAGAAUUUUCAUGCAACACGUUGAGCCCUGGUUGCGAAAGUGUCUGCUACGACCAUUACUUCCCCAUUUCACACAUACGCCUGUGGUGCCUGCAGCUGAUCUUCGUGUCCACGCCAGCUUUGCUUGUGGCCAUGUACGUAGCAUACAACAAGCAUGGAACCAAAAGAGUUAUUCUGCGCUCAGGCAAUGAAAACAUAGAGGGAGACCUGAAGGCUCUGAAGAAUAAACGUCUGCCCAUCACCGGACAGCUCUGGUGGAUCUACUUUUUCAGCCUGCUUCUCCGGCUCCUGUUUGAGGGGGGCUUCAUGUAUGCCCUGUACACCAUCUACGGUAGCUUCUACAUCAGUCGAGCUGUGCUGUGCAAUGUAAAGCCCUGUGAAAACCAAGCAAAUUGCUAUAUUUCUCGUCCCACCGAAAAGACCAUAUUCACCAUCUUCAUGGUGGUGUCCUCAAGUCUAUGUAUUUUGCUCAACCUAGCUGAACUCUUCUACCUGAUUGCUAAGGCACUGAUACGGAGCUUUCAGCUCUCCAACAGAAGGCAGGAUUGCAACCAUUUAGCCAGUAAGUUUGAGGAGGCGAUUCCCAUGGAAAAACAGACAAGUCCCAAAUAUUGAAGUGACUCCUUUCCCAAAGGAGUUACUGAUAAAAUGACAAUUUCUUAUUCUUCUUCAACAACAAAAAAACUAUUCAUAAAACAAGAUUUGUCUUCCAGGUUCAGAGAAAUUAACAAAAGUGAAUAUGAGCAGUAUUAUUGAAUGCCCUUUUCGCUGGCAAGGUUGCAAAUCAUUUUAGUUUAGGAGCCACAAGUAAUGUAGUAGUACACUCUUACUUAAUGUACUAGUUAACCAGAAUCUAAAUGUUCUGUACUGAUUCCAUGUUUGUUCAUCAUUAAUCAGUCAUAACAGUUCAUAUAUUUCAUGCAGUUACCAUAUUUGUUUAUGAUUUGUACUUCAAUUCACUCAAAAUUUGAAUCAAUUUUGGUGUGCUACAUCAAAAUCAAAGUUUUUUUGACCUGAAAACAAAGGCCUCCUCAAAUACAGAAGUUGGGUUUAGUAGAAUUGUAGUUUUGCUACCAGGUUCCGAAACCAGCAACGAUACGUCUGAGAUAAGCUUAAGCCUUAAAGAUACUUCAUAGUAGGCCUGCUGGGUGGGAUGGUAGUUCAGUACUGGGGGUGGUUCCUGUUUUGCUACCUUAGCCACUGUCCAUCUAAAUAUCUGUUCAUUUGCCUGCUGUAAGGCCUCAAAAUGUGCAUAUCUUUAAAUCUUCAUCUGCUUGCUUGACAUUACUAUCCUAAACAGCUUCUAAAUUUUAACCAUUAGUAUGGAUAAAUAUUUUACUCGAUUAAUUCAGGCUAAUUAAGUAGGUAUUACAAAAGGACAACUUUUGGGAGUUACACUAGAAAUGUUUAAAGUAGCAAAGCCAUAAACCACUACAUCAGCUACUUUUACCACCAGGGAUGGAGCACACUGCCACCUGGGCAGGGGCAUCCGAAGCAUUUUGAAUGUGGGGGGGACACACUGGCAUAAAACUAAUAUUUUAUGUUAAAUGUGGGGGAGGGGGGGGUCCAAAUGAAUAAUUAUGAAAUGUGAGGGGGACACGUCCCCUUCAGAUUUAAUGGCACUGGCGCCCAUGCGCCUGGGCCUUAGCCUGAGUAACUUUUGAAGCAUCAUUUGGAAGGCCUCCAUCCACUUCCCAUAUCUGCUUGUCCCAUACAGGGUCAUCCUCUCCUUUAUAUAGUACUGUAUAAACAGACACUUAUAUACAUGCACACAUGGGCAGUUAAUAGAAGAUUUGAGGUGUGAUACCAAAAUAUGUUCAGGAGGGACUCUGGUAUUAAUCUGCUAAGAUGCCCAGUCAAAUUAACAUGUAGCUAUGCACUGUUAGAUAUAUUUAACAUAUUUAAACAAAUGUAUUUUUUAACCAUAUUUUGUAUGGUUAAAUGUAUAACCACCUGAAAGAUUUAGGUAACAAUAGAUUUGCCUGAGAUUUACACUGUACUUGUUGAUUUUCAAUGUAAUGGUCCAAAUAGUAUGUGAAAUACACCAUUUACUAUGAACCACAAAUUAUAAAGAGAUUUCAUUCAGUGCAACAAAAUGUGAACUGGUAUUUUCAUGUAACUUAGGGCUGGGGGUGGUGCGGGUUGGGAAAAGGUCGAGCCAUCGUGAAGAGCCGAGGUUGAAUGUUGGUCGGUGUCCGGCUCCCCUCCCUCUGCUACUCCAGUUUAGUCAUAAUGUAUUAAUUCUCUUAAAUUAUAUACAAAUUAUUGGUUACACUUGGAAAUUAAAUACAUUGGCUCUAAUGGUUAUGCUUGUAUUACAGUACAAAGUUAUGUUAGCAUUAUUUAUUUAUUAUUAUGAAUUAACUGCACAAUGAGUAACUGCCUACGCACCCUCAUGCCCUACACUAUGUUACUAUGUACAGAUGUUACUCUCGGUUGACGACCCGCAGUGACCCGCCUACUGACUUUGAAGGGUCACACUGACAGAUAAAAUUAAUUCAUGAUGUGGUGAAAGUGCCAAAAGUGCCAAAAUUAAAUAAAUAGUGAAAUAAUUGUAAAUGACACAUGUAAUUAAUUAAUAAUGAUUUUAUUUCUAAUGGUAGAUAAUAAUU